GCUAACAUUGGACCAUCACCAGGACCCAAACAUUGCAUACCGGAAAGUUUCAAAGCAUGAAGUAGACAUUGGAGUUAACGCUCAAAAUAUAGACCUUCGUUUCUUUGAGACUCCUGAUCAUUGAUACAAUGAACAACAUGCCGCCUGAGGUUGCACUGCACCGGAUCUCACCUGAGCUGCGGCCUUUGCUGUGCAGUGUGGUGAGGAACGGCCGCGUGGGGCUGGACUCCACUAACUGCCUCCGGGUCACGGACCUCAAAACAGGAUGCACAUCUCUUACUCCUGGUCCAUGCUGUGAUCGCUUCAAACUUCACAUCCCCUAUGCUGGAGAAACCCUUAAAUGGGAUAUCAUUUUCAACGCUCAGUAUCCUGAGUUACCUCCAGAUUUCAUUUUUGGUGAAGAUGCAGAGUUUCUACCUGAACCCUCUGAGCUACCACACUUGGUCCACUGGGAUGCUGGAAACCCAGAGAGUUUGCUUCAGCUGGUGAAGGAGCUCAUCCAGCAGUACCAUCAGUACCAGUGCCAGCGCCUGCGUGAGAGCUCCCGGCUCCUGUUUGAGUACGACAGCCUGCUGGAAGAUCCCAGUUACGGACGGAACCUGGAGAUUUAUGCUGGACGGAAAAACAGCUGGACAGGAGAGUUUUCAGCCCGUUUCCUCCUUAAACUCCCAGUAGACUUCAGCAACAUCCCAGUUUAUCUUCUCAAGGACACAACACUGGACCCAGGAGAGGAUGUGGCUCUUCUCUCAGUGAGCUUUGAGGAUGCUGAAGCUACCCAGGUCUUCCCAAAACUCUACCUCUCACCAAGCAUCGAGCACGCUCUGGGAGGCUCCUCGGCACUUCACAUCCCAGCGUUCCCCAGCGGAGGAUGCCUAAUUGAUUACGUCCCUCAAGUGUGUCAGUUACUUACCAACAAGGUACAGUAUGUCAUACAAGGUUACCACAAACGGAGGGAGUACAUCGCUGCUUUUCUCAGCCACUUCGGAAUGGGGGUGGUGGAGUACGACGCAGAGGGAUUCACUAAACUCACUCUACUCCUCAUGUGGAAAGACUUCUGCUUCCUAGUUCACGUGGAUCUCCCGCUGUACUUCCCCAGGGAUCAGCCCACCCUCACCUUCCAGUCUGUGUACCACUUCACCAACAGCGGUCAGCUCUAUUCUCAGGUGCAGACGUCGUAUCCCUACAGCCCACGUUGGGAUGGCAACGAGAUGGCCAAAAGGGCAAAAGCCUACUUCAAGAGCUUCAUCCCUCAGUUCCAGGAGGGAGCCUUCGCCAAUGGCAAACUGUAGCUCUCGUCUCGCUUUGACAUUUGCUGGAGUGUGUCACUGUUUGUGCUCUUGUGUAUUGUUUUUUUUUUUUCCUUUUUUUUCAUCUGCAAAGACUUUGAAUCCUGCUUUUUUUUUUCACUGAAGCUGAUGGGAGAAGCCACUUUUUUUUUGUAGAACUUUGUUUUCUAGGCGUCAUAAAGAUUCAUCAUAAGGGUUGACAGCAGAGUAAAAACGCCAUCAUUCUUGAAGCUCUGACAGAAAAUUAACGUGACAGCUUGUGCUGCGCUAUUUCUUACAAUGAAUAUUGUUUUAUGUAUGACGUCCGGAAACUCCGUGCACAAAUUUGCUUUAAAAGGAGCUGAAAGAACAAGCUUUGUUUACUCGCUUUCAUCAUAUUGUUGUCAAGUUGUGCGCAGCUGUUGAUGUUAAAAUACUUUAAAGCUUUUCUUAUUCACUUGAAUGUUUCCUGUCUUAAAUGAUCGGUGAAGACUUUUACUGACAUGUCGACAAUACUUUGAGUUAUUCCCAAAAAUGUUACUCCAAAAUUUUCUUUCAGUAAAAUACUUUUCUCCUAAC